AUGCCCCAAGUCCAGGAGAUCGUCAUGGGCCCACCGCCCCUGCCUCUUCAGGUCGUGCAACCGCCUCCGCCAAAACCGAGGGAACCCCAGGAAGUUCAAGACAAGUACAGGAGACUCAAACGAAAGUACUUUGAGCUCGAAGAAAAACACAAAGAGACCAUCAUUCAGCUCAAGACUUCAGGCGAACGAAAUGUAAAAUGGAGAUCAGAGCGAGCGUUGCUGCUUGAUCGGAUUUCCGAACUCGAGGGCAAUCCCCAGGUCAAUCCUGGAGCACCCAUCCCUGCACCCCCGUUUUCUGCCUUUCCUCGCUCGCUCCUCUCAGUCCACAACCAGAAACUCUUCGUCAACAACCUCCGACAAGCCAUCGACGAGGUUGAACGCGAAGAUCCCGACGUCGACCCCUUCGUCCUCUCACGUCACAUAGGGCCCGAGGCACGAAAACGCCAAGAGGCCGAGCUCAAGGAAAAACAGGAGGAAGAGGCGAGGGAGGCACGGAGAGCGGCGCGAAACAAGCUCAAGGGCGCACAGAAAGGCAAAGAUAUCGGUACGCCGUUGACGUUCGCACCCCAGCAGCCCAAUGCGUCUGUGUUGGUGUCGAGUUCGGGCACACGACUACGACUCAAACCUCCGGCACCUCCUUCAGGAGAAGCUGGGCCCGCAUCUGCGUCAUCCUCCGGCGCGCAUCACCAGUCGGGGCCUCCUCCGCAACAAUCCUCACAUGGCUCGGUCUCCGGUGUGCACCACUCGCGACAGCGCUCCGAAUCGCCUGUUUCACCGAUUGAACCUUCGCCAGAUGACUUUCCGCUACGUCAGUACCAGCAGCCGCCACCGCCACCCCCUCCACCACAGUCAGAGAUGCAGUUAACACUGCGCGCUUCGCCCGCUGGAUUACGGCCAUCAGACAUCCAGCGACACACGAAACCCAAGCGUCUCAAGGCACACACGGUCCAAAGCAAGAGUUACAACAUCCCCAUGGUCCCGCGUGAUAAGCACGGAAAGCCUCUGCUGCCGCUCAGUGUUGGUAUCAUGACGGUAAUCAACCUCGGGGAUAUUUGUAUGCGUGAACACUUCCACACGGAGCGCUAUAUUUUCCCGAUUGGCUAUGAAGUUACAAGGCGCUACCUGUCGAUGAUCGAUCCAAAUGCAGAGGUCGUGUAUCACUGCACCAUUCUUGAUGGAGGGGACGGGCCCAAAUUCAAGAUUGUCGCGGGAGACGUUCCCGAGAAGCCUAUGGUUGCGGGCACCGCGACUGGCGCGUGGUCUGCCAUUGUGCGCCAGGCGAACCACAUUCGACACCGACAACACAGCAACUCUGUCUCUGGUCCCGAUUUCUUCGGUCUCGGGCAGAACACGAUCAAACAUCUCAUUCAGGAGCUGCCAAACGCGCACCAGCUCAAGGACUACGUCUGGCAGCACUUUGUUGAGGGAGGGCCCCUUGGAGGGAGACAUGCCGCUGUGAUACCGGCACUGCCAGAGGAACACGACGGACAGAUGAUCCCAAGCGGCGUAUACAUGGACAUGGACCAGGACCGAGCGAGGGAGCUUCAAAUCGUUCAGGUCGACCACGACGGUCCUGUUCGCGGACAGGCAUACCUUCCACCGCCCAACAUGGCUCCCAUAUCAUUUCAGCAAGAGUAUCAAGAGUACGUGCGCCCACCGGAGCGUGAACAGCAGCGCGGACGGAGAAGCUCGCGCUCGAGCAGCCAUGCGUACGAAGAAUACGGCCCUGGCAGUAGCGCGACACCUGUGCAGGCCAUGUCCCCUCCGGACCACCGGAUGUCGCACUCGCCGGUCCUACACCGCGACCGCGACCGCGAGCGGGCCUCGGAACACGACCACUACUCCCCGCAGCAGGGACUCCCACCGCGCUCACACUCGCACUCCUCCGUGGUCUCGUCGCCGCACGCACAUAUGCAGUCUCCGUAUGCACAGCCACACAAUGGCGAGGGCGCGCGCACGCCGAGGCAUUAUGUGUCAGCGCAGUCGCCGCCGCCGGUGCCCGCGACCCUUGCGAGCAUUAUGCAUGCGUAUCCCGCACCGCCGAUCGCGCCUGCGGGCUCAGGUGGGUCGGGCGCAGAGUCAGCGGAAUAUGUGUAUGCGAACGGGAAUGGGAGUGGAGGGAGGAGGAAUGGGCAUGGUGGGAUGCAGACGUUCCCGCCUAGUUGA